UUGGGAGAUCAGGCCCCAGGGGAGGCUUGGAGGCCUAGAAUUGGCCAAGGGUCAGAGAGGGACUGAAAAACAGGCUAGGAAGAGGGUGUCCAAACGUCCCUGGGAAGGUGUGGGGAGCUGAGGGUCUGAAGAGCUGGUGUGUGGGAAAGCUUCAGCAUUUAGGGGACCCAGGAGGACAGGGGAGCAGAAGGGGCCUACGGGAGCCGAGGGAUCGCUGGGCCAGGACAGGAGGUUGGACAGGCUGGCAGAGAGCCGGGCUCCGGGGAUCGGGCUGGGGUGUCCUCUGGGGCUGGGGGGCUCAGGUUUCUGCCCGCGGCUUGGCGGGUGUGGGGUUACCAGCCGGCUCGGUUACCCAGCCUGAGACGCUAGGCUGGGGGGAGGGGGUGGGCACAGGGCAGACCCUGGCACCUUGUGCCGUCUCCUCGGGCCCUAAGGGGAGCCGGUGCUGCCCGGGCAGCUCCUGCUGGGAACCCUGAUGGCCAGGGUCUGUCCAGGUACGAGGUUGCCUGGCCCAGGGUGGGCACUCCGGGGAAAGCCCAGCGGCUCCAGGGCUGGAAACUCUGACGGGCAGAGAGGCCUGGGUUGUCCCCCCCUUCACCCCACCCCACAUCCGCUCUCUCCGCACCCCCACCCCACCACCCAUCCUCUCCAGCUGGCCCCCAAAUUUCGAUCCUGUGCUUCUUCCAGAAGCGGGGCCUGGGUGCUCUGGAUGUGGCCAUCCCAUGGCAAGACCAGGCCUUGGAAGGCAGGCCUGGCUGCUUGAUGGAAUUCUGCGGCCCAUCUCUGCCCGCCAGCCUGGGGAGAGGGGAAGGGGUGCUGCCCGGAGCAGAGGGGAGUGGAGGCAGCGGGACAGGCUGGGCCCACACCUGAGGGACAAAGCAGCAGAGACAGGAGAGGCUGGGGUGGCUCCUGGGGCCUGAGGGACACGGAUGCCUAGAGGGGAGGCAGGGGGCCGGCAAGGAUGCGUGUCGUCUUGGUCAGGGGACAGGCAGGCCAGUGAGCAAGGGGACAGGAAGAAGAGGCCAAGGAGGGGGUCCAGGAGCGCAGGGUGGCUGAUGAGCAAGGGUCCCCAGAGGUAAAGGAGGAAGGCCACAUCUCUGCCAUCUUGCGCCCCUCACACCCCCCAGGUUGCCUGUGCCCUGCGGGGGCAGGCGAGGGCUAUGUCCUGAUGUCAGGGAAGGGAAGGUGGAGGGGAGCACGGAGGCCUCCUUCCUUCCAGGAGUCACAGCACCGGGAAUUGGGCAUUUUGAGGGAGGAGAGGCUUAACCCCCACAGCACCGGGAAGCAGCCAGCUCCCCUGGCCUCCUUCCCCCUUCGUGGCUUGCGGUCUCCCUUCCCCGCCUGGCCCCCAGGAAGUAAAAAGAUGGGGAGCCCCGAGGACGACCUCAUCGGGAUCCCGUUCCCAGACCACAGCAGCGAGCUCCUGAGCUGCCUCAACGAACAGCGCCAGCUGGGCCACCUCUGCGACCUCACCAUCCGGACGCAGGGCCUCGAAUACCGCACCCACCGGGCCGUGCUGGCCGCCUGCAGCCACUACUUCAAGAAGCUGUUCACCGAGGGCGGUGGCGGCGCCCUCUCGGGGGCCGGGGGCGGCGGGCCGGCCGCCGGGGGGGCGGGCGCCGGCGUGUGCGAGCUGGACUUCGUGGGGCCGGAGGCCCUGGGCGCCCUGCUCGAGUUCGCCUACACGGCCACGCUGACGACCAGCAGCGCCAACAUGCCCGCCGUGCUCCAGGCCGCCCGGCUGCUGGAGAUCCCGUGUGUCAUUGCUGCCUGCGUGGAGAUUCUGCAGGGCAGCGGCCUGGAAGCCCCCAGCCCCGACGAGGACGACUGUGAGCGGGCCCGCCAGUACCUGGAGGCCUUCGCCACGGCCACGGCCACGGCCGCGGCCGCGGGAGUUCCCGACAGCGAAGACAGCCCCCCGCAGGCGCCCCGCCCGCCCCCGCCCCCGCCGCCCCCUCGGCCCGUGGCCCGCCGCAGCCGCAAGCCCCGGAAAGCGUUCCUGCAGACCAAGGGGGCCCGGGCGAACCACUUAGUGCCCGAGGUGCCCGCGGUGCCCAGCCAACCCGUGACCUACGAGGAGGAGGAGGGGGCCAGGGUGGGUGGCAGUGCGGGCAGCGGGCCGGGGGACAGCUACAGCCCUCCAGCCGGGACUGCUUCACCCCCCGAGGGGCCCCUGACCUACGAGGCCUAUGAGGGUGAGGAAGAAGAGGAGGAGCCCGUGUACUCCACCGCCUACGGGCUGGCGCAGGGGGGUGGGCCCCCGCUGUCCCCAGAGGAGCUGGGCUCAGACGAGGACGCCAUCGAUCCUGACCUGAUGGCCUACCUGAGUUCGCUGCACCAGGACGCCCUCGCGCCGGGCCUGGACGGCCAGGACAAGCUGGUGCGCAAACGCCGCUCCCAGAUGCCCCAGGAGUGCCCCGUCUGCCACAAGAUCAUCCACGGGGCGGGCAAGCUGCCCCGCCACAUGAGGACCCACACGGGUGAGAAGCCCUUCGCCUGCGAGGUCUGCGGCGUCCGCUUCACCCGGAACGACAAGCUGAAGAUUCACAUGCGGAAGCACACCGGAGAGCGGCCUUACUCGUGCCCGCACUGCCCAGCCCGCUUCCUGCACAGCUACGACCUCAAGAACCACAUGCACCUGCACACGGGGGACCGGCCCUACGAGUGCCACCUGUGCCACAAGGCCUUCGCCAAGGAGGACCACCUGCAGCGCCACCUCAAGGGCCAGAACUGCCUGGAGGUGCGCACCCGGCGGCGCCGGAAGGACGACGCGCCACCCCACUACCCACCGCCCUCCGCCGCCGCCCCGUCCCCCGCGGGCCUCGACCUCUCCAACGGCCACUUGGACACCUUCCGCCUCUCUCUGGCCCGAUUCUGGGAGCAGUCAGCCCCUACUGGCCCUCCGGUCGCCGCCCUGGGGCCCCCUGAUGACGAGGAGGAGGAGGGGGCACCCAGUACGCCGCAGGCCGAAGGUGCCAUGGAGUCCUCUUAGAGAGGGCCGAGCGGCCGGGCUGGCGCAGCGCGAGGCCGGGCCGCCGCUGCCAAGCAGUGGGAGUGGGCGGGACGGACAGAGCCGGGGUCGGGGCUCUGGGCCUCCCCGGCUUCAGAGAUCUGCCCCUUCCCCCGCGCCCCCCAGAACCCUCAUUCCAGUUCCAAGCUGAGAAGGUUUUGGGGGUAGAGGCUCCCCAGACUGGGGUGAUCUCCCAAGGAGUGACGCAGGAUAGUAUGUCUAUAUUUACAGCUCUAUUGUAAAGGUGGGGUCCCUGUCCCCAGCUGCUCCGGGGGAGUAGAAGCAAUAAUGCAUUUCUGAUUUGUGGGGUCCCUCUUCGGCUAUGCGGGUUUCCAGGGGGUGGGGGGCUUGGGACCAAAGUCUUGCCCCGCCCCCAUGCCCCUAGGGGUUUGGGCUGCGUCAGGGGGUGAAGGACCGCCCCUCCCUUCCCUUCCGAGACCCCUCCUUCCUGGUUUCUGUUCCCUUUUCCUGGCAGUGAAUUAUGCAAAGGGGGGCGGCGAAGGAAGGGUAGGUGGGGGAAAGCGAGGUAGAAGCUGGAAAGCCUGGGGGACUGGGCCCCGCAGGAAGGAGCCAUCCUCGCGCCACCCGCCCCCCCCCCCCCCCCCCGCCCUCGCCCCCCGCCAGGCUCCGAGCGCUGAGUCACGGGGUCCUGGAGGAGAAGGGGGCGGGGUGGCCUGAGUGGCUCGCCCGCCCCUGGGGGCAGCGGGAGGGGCCCGCUCCGCUCGGCUCUCCGCCCCGGCCCUGCCCUCCCCUGCCGCGUCCCCGGGCAGGGAAUGUCUUGUUCCCGCCGCUCCCUCCCCGGGGCCAGAGGGCAGGGCGGGCCGGGUGGCUCCUGCCCUCCUCUCCUCCUCCCGCCCAGGUGCGAGCCGGAGCCGCCGCCGGGCCGCCCCUGACUCACGCCGCCCCCGGGCUGGCGCGGCGCGGGCUCGGGGACGGGGUGAGGGGCUGCGGGCCUGCGGAGCGCGCGGGCGGGCGCCCCCUGGCGGCCGCUCCGGGGACCCGCGGGCGCGCCGCCGGGAGAGCGCCGAAGGGGUUCCGCUCCCAGACCCCUGCCGGCCCGGCCGCCCUGCGGGGUCUCGGAGGGCAGCCCCCUCGCUCUUCCCUUAGGAUUGAAUCCACCCCGGUUCUGUACAUAGCCUCUUCUGUUGGUCUUGUUGAAAUCUAGUUUCAGAUUUUUAACUACCCAAUUCUGCUGGGGGUGGGGGCAACUGCCCCCCCUCCCGUCCUCGCUGGGUGCUGCCCCCCCCCCUUGCGGCCUGGGCUCUGCCUUGCACUAUUUCCCCUCCCUGGCCUGGCGGCCCCUCCCCCUCCUUAAAAGGGGCAGGUUAAGGGGCCCGGUGCUCUCCCUUCCUCCCAUGCACCCUCAUGCCCAUUUGCACAGCUGCCCAGGUACCCCCAAUAGUGAGGGGGUGUCACAGGGAGGGGGUAGCGGGACCAGUCCCUGUAUCUAUUUAAAAAGUGAUGAUGUAAUAUAUUGGGGUUGGGGGAGGUCAGGUGGCCCUGGGCCUCAUCUUAGCAUUUCAGGUGAUGGGGGAGCCCAGGGCUGGGGAGACCUGGGGCCUAGCCCCAGAGAGUGAGGACAAUGUGACCUCCCCCCUCCCCCCUUGCGGCUUCUCCACUCAGUGCCUUAGGGGGGGAGGCGAGUCCCCCCUCUCCUCUUCCCCUCCUCUUCCCCUGCCCCCACCUUGGGUGUAAACGACAGGAAGAAAUAAUAAUAAUUUAAGAUUCACA